AGUGUCCAGUCUGUCUCCUCCUCGCCGUUUGUUGCGGACUUCACUGCUGGCCCAUUGCAUGCACGACGCCACUCCACAGCCCCAAGCGACGUCUGCCUCUCGAUAUAUGUACUCGUGAAAGAGCCUUCGUUGUAGGUCGAAGAAUACGAGAGGAGGCUCAUUUGGAUGAUGGGAGGGAGAGACUGGAGCGACGUGGCACAAGGGCUGAAGCCGGCGGCCGCGAUGGUGCUGAUACAGACGUCGUUCGCCGGAGUGAACAUACUGUACAAGUUGGCCUUGAACGAUGGCAUGGACGUGAAGGUUCUCGUCGCCUACCGAUACAUCUUCGCCGCCGCCUUCAUCAGCCCUGUCGCGUUCUUCAUAGAAAGGAAACGAAGGCCAAAGAUAACGUGGAAGAUACUCGGGCUGACGUUCCUCUGUGGCUUGUUUGGGGCAACUUUCGCACAAAAUCUGUAUGUGUCCAGUAUGAAACUUACUUCGGCUACUUUCACAUCUGCUAUGGCCAAUCUUGUUCCUGCAGUUACAUUUAUAUUGGCUGUAUCAUUCAGGUUGGAAAGACUAGGAAUACGAACAAAUUAUGGAAGAGCUAAGGUUCUAGGAACGCUCCUAGGGUUGGGUGGGGCAAUGCUUCUCACCUUCUAUAAGGGAGCAGGUAUAGAACUUUGGUCGACAAACAUCAAUCUCAGUGAGCAACAGGAUCAUGGAGGCCACCACUUAGCAGCGCCUCACUCAGAGUCUGGUAAUCGUGUCAUGGGCUCAUUCUUGGCAGUUGCCAGUUGUUUGUGUUACGCACUCUGGUUAAUUAUUCAGGCAAAGUUGGCCGAAGCAUACCCCUGUCACUACUCCAACGCAGCAUUGAUGUGCUUGAUGGGAUCCAUUCAAGCUAGCAUCUUGGCUCUUUGUGUUGAGAGACAUAGGAUUCAGUGGAGACUUGGGUUUGACAUUAGGCUACUCACAGCCGCAUAUUCAGGUAUAUUUGCUUCUGGGAUGAGCUUUACACUCCUGGGAUGGUGCAUAAAGAAGAAAGGACCAGUGUAUGCCUCUGUUUUCAAUCCUCUGAUGCUUUUACUUGUUGCCAUAUUGAGUUCGCUUCUACUCAAUGAGAAGUUAUACUUGGGAUGUCUGUUGGGAGCAGCUUUGAUAGUAAUUGGACUCUACAUAGUGCUGUGGGGAAAAGGAAGAGAAGCAUCCAAGAUUGAUGAGGAAUCUCCGGCAGAAGCUACGAGGGAAUCUAUAGACGUAGCAGUAGCUCAAGAAGCUGCUACUGAUCCAGGCUCUGGAAAUGUAUGCGACCCAAACAUCAGGAAAGGAGAGGAGGUGAAACAGAAGGCAAACAAGCCAGGAUGUAGUGGGUUUUAACAGCAAGGCAACAAUCCUAUUUCCUUUUUCAUUAAAAGACUGAGAGAUGACAAUGGUGUUGACAGUUCUUGAAGAACAGAUGGGUUUUACAAAGAUGGAGCAUGAGAUACAGCUGCCAAAUCCAUAUGUUUCCCAUUGAUGGAGGAGUUUUCCUCGACCAUGGGUUUUUGAUGAGAGAACUGCUACAGAGCUUGGGACCUGCCUUAAUUAGUGCGAAUAGCCUCAUUCAAUGGAACUGUCCCUUGGCAAAACUACUGCUUUCUCUGAGGAGAAGCUACUAAUGUCGAGGUAUAGAAGUGUCCUUAAAAUAAUGUAGUGAAGCAUAUGGCUUUACUGUCCUUAAAAUAGAUUCUGGUAACCAUGUUCUAUUACUUGGAUGUGAUUGUCAAGUGUGCAAGCAGGUUGGAUGCUUAUAUUUAUCAAAUCCACAGCAUUAAUCUGUGC